AUGACGACGCUGACGGCUUCCCCGGCGCCAGCAUCGACCCCGGUCCACCUGCACCCACUAUCGACGGAAGAGCCGCCGCCCAAAAGCCGCCGCACUCGCACUUCUGGGCAGCGGCAGGGCGACGCGCCGGCGUCUCCGGAGAGCGCGACUAAUACACGCUCGCCGAACUAUUUUGCUCUCAAAGCGCAGCUCGAGGCUGGCACUCGGGACGGGCGCGGGAACUGGGAUGGCAGCGUGCGGGGCUAUGGCAAGGCGAGCCGCCGAAGCGCGGCGCAUGAGCCCAUGCUCGCCGACUUCAGCGCCGGCGAGGCCGAGAGGGGGGAGGGACGGCCAGCGCUGCAGGAUAGGCGCCGGCAAGCGCCCCCGCUUUUCGUCGUGGGGUCGUCGAGGGACGCGUACGUCGACUCGGAGCCGAAAGAAGACAGAUCGCAUUGUUACCGCCUUUGGAAAACUUGA